UCAGGGUUCACUAGUUUCGCGAUGCAGACUGUAGCGAUAGGCCCUCGGCCACAGGACAGGCAGUUGGUGAUGGUGUUACCUACGGAACGGUUCGACCUAGAGAAGGGAGCCACAGUGGGGAUUGCACGGGCAGUGAUGUGGUGGACGCCGGGAACACCGGUGUACUGCAAGUUGGUGAACCGCGAUGCCCAGGUUGUCGAGGUCACUAACGGUAGCAUUUGCGCCAGGAUGAUCGCCCUCAAUGUCCGCGAUCGUGGCCGUUUCGACUCUUUGUUCGACGAUACCCCGUCCACUGUUGACCCUCCACUCCCCGACCCGGUUGUUGUGCCCACCCGUGACACGAGCGACGAGACCUCCGCGGCCUCGCCACCCACUGUACGGGCGGCCGACGCUAACAUGGGCCAGCUCGGAGCGCUACAGAAGCAGGAGUUGGUCGAGGUUCUGGCAACGUUCGUUGAGGAGGGCCUAUUCCCGAUCGACCCUAAGAGAGUGGCAGCAUGCGGCGGCAGUGAGUUGGAGCUUCCUUUGAUUGACGAGUUUUGUACACCUCACGCAGCCAAACAACGCCGUUUUUCACCCGAGGAGAGACGCAUGAUUAGGGCUGAGAUCCAACAGUUGCUGGAUCGUGGUAUCAUUCGGCCUUCCAUGUCACCCUGGGCAGCUCAAUGCUUGUGUGUGAAGAAGAAAGAUGGAACUAUGCGACUGUGUAUUGACUGGAGGGUGUUGAACAAGCUUCUGGUAGCCGACAGUGGCGGGCUAGGUGAUAUGCAAACCAUAUUCGAUGGACUGAAAGGCAAGCGGUACUUCACUCAGAUCGAUCUAGCGUCGGGCUUUCAUCAAAUUGAAAUUGCCGAAAAGGAUCGGUAUAAAACAGCCUUCCGUGACGCAGACGGCAUGUUGUACGAGUUUACCCGUGCGGCUUUCGGACUAACAGUUCUACCUUCCGCGUUUACGCGUCGAGUGAAGUCUGCUUUAGGAAUUGUCGAUGGCGUGUUUAGCUGGUUGGACGACAUACUCGUCGCAAACGAAACAUGGGAAGAACACCUCGCUGCAUUGGUGCUCGUUCUAACACGCCUUCGUGCUGCUGGACUGUCCGUUAACUUUCCGAAAUGCAUUUUUGGGGCUUCGUCCCAAGAGUUUCUUGGAAUCAUAAUUGAUGCUACCGGCAUGCACCCAGCCCCGUCGAAACUCGAAGCGAUUGCCAACAUGCCCCGGCCACAAACGGUCGAAGACCUCCGCACGUUUCUAGGCUUGACGGGAUAUCUCCGACAAUUUGUCCCUCAAUACAGUUUAGUUGCGGCUCCCCUGACCGACAUCCUCCGCAAUAAGGACUUUGCGUCUAAGCGCGCACGUAAACUCCCAAUUCAGUGGGGGGAAGCGGAGGAACACGCCUUCCACCACCUAAGAUAGUGCCUGGCUUCCCCUACCGUGUUAGCUUUUCCUGAUCCUAAUGCACCUUUUGAGCUGCACUCAGACGCUAGCUCAGUGGGCGCAGGUGCUACCCUGCUGCAGACCAUCGACGGUACACCCAGGAUCAUCGCUUUCGCUAGCCACAAGUUCUCUCGCACCGACGCUCGACGAGGACCCACGGAACGGGAAUGCAUGGGAGUAUUGUGGGGCGUUGAUCAUUUCAAGCCGUACCUAGCUGGUAGACAGUUCAAAGUCGUGACGGAUUGCUCUGCACUCACGUGGUUGUUUCGUAGUAGAGAGCUUUGUCCCAAGUUGCAUAGAUGGGCUCUUCGCCUCAUGGAGUACGACAUAGUACUAGAAUGGAGGGCAGGAGUACAUCACGUGUUGCCAGAUGCUCUGUCCCGUCUCCCCGUCGCCAGUAGCCCCUCCGUAGAUGUAGACGACUCUUUUCCUGACGAUUUCACGUCCCCGGAUUCCGCUACUUUUGUGGGCCCGCAAGGCCCUGUGCUUGAUGGUGUGCGUCUCGCGAACCUCACGAGCACGGACGAAUCCGAACCCGUAAAUGCCGAUAGUGAGAUUGAUCCCGCGGUCAUAGCACCACUAUUGGCUGACUUCCCGUUCGCUGCCUGUGCCUCGCUCGAUGACCUUGCGCCGCCACGUCGCUCAGGCAGACGACGCACGCCCUCAGUACGCCUGCAACCCCUCAACGACCCUCAGCUGCCUGCCGUGGCGCAGGUGUUAUCAACUAGACUACAACGCGCGUUCGCACCUGAAGCCAUCGAGCUACCCCCGGCUCAUCCACCGGAGCCGGUGCAGCCCGAGCGCACAAGGUCCGCCGACGUGGAGGAGGUGCUUUCAGCAGGGGGGGAGUUGCCCUUUCGGUCAGCGGUAGACACGGGGUCGACGGCAAUUCACAGGGCGCUACGAGUGCUGAAGAACCCGGACACGCUUAUUCGGCGCCGGCAAGACGAUGCCCUUUUGGGCCAGGUUCGGCGGGAUCUAGGGGGGAGUGGUGAAGCAGGAUACAGUUUGGAUGAUAAGGGAGUGCUACGGUUCGACGUUGGUCCACACAUUACAUGGACACGCAGGAGUUGGAGCGACCUUAGCGCUAAUUCGGGAUCACUUUCACUGGCCUAAACUCACACGAGAUGUCCGUCAGUACGUUUUGUCGUGUAGCUGCAGACGUCGCAAAAGGCCCACUAGUAGACGCGUACCGAUGCUGCCAGGGAGACCAUUGGAACCUUGGGAUGAACUUGAGAUUGACCUACUCAAAAUUGACACGACAUCAUUGUCUGGUAACAAGUACAUUCUGCUUGUGGUAGACCGUGCAUCCAAAUUCCCUUUUGGUUUCCCUCUUGCGACCAAGGAAGCAUUAGGAGUAGCUAGAGCGUUGUUAAUACUGUGUUUAACUUUCGGCGUCCCCAAAACCAUUCGUUGCGAUGGCGGUAAAGAUUUCGGCGGAGAAGUAGUGACUCACCUGUGCCGGUGGUUACAGGCGGAUAUCGCUUUUGGAGUAGCAGAUCAUGCCCAAGGGCAAGGCUCAGUUGAGAGGCUAGGAGGCUGGAUGCAAGAGCUGUUGGCAGAGCUGUGCAAAUGCUGGAACGACCGUUGGGAUGAGUAUGUAUCGCCUGCCAUCUGGAUUAAGCGCACGCUGCCAGACAUUUCCGUUCACCCGCACAUGACCCUGUUUGAACUGAUGUUCGGUCGUAAACCCCGCACCUCGUUGGACUCGCUGGUGCCGCUUUCAGACGAGGGUAACCAAGAUCCUUCGGGAGGUUUGGACAACUUCGUUGAACGGCGCAAGCAGAACCUUCGGGAAGUUCGGUUGGUGCUCGAGAAGCGCCACGACCUGCGGGUAGCAGCAAGGGCCAAGUCGAACGCCAAUAUUUCGAGGAGUACGGCGUCGGUAACGGUAGAGAAAGGCAACUUGGUUAUGGUGCGCGAAGCCGACAGCAGUCGUCACCGAGACAAGCGGGGCCGGAAGUUGCAGCACGACCUCUACACCGGCCCUUGGACAGUAGAAGAAGUUUUGCAGAGGGGCUUGAGCGUGCAAGUGAAGAUGCAGGGUAGAAAGCUGCGUUCGCGGAGAGUUUGCACGGCCGAGUUGAAACUCUUUCAUCUUCGCCCACCCCAUUUGAGACAUUAUAUUGCCGAGGAAUUUAUGCAGUUCGCGUGGGGCCCUGAUUUUGCAGCACAUGUCGAGCAACCUGGACUAGGGACGUUUGUCUCCCUCUCUGACUGCCGUCGUGUGCAUUCACCUUCCGGUGCCUUGGUGUGGGAGUACAAAGCCAUAUCACAGACUGGUGUAGAGUCCGUGUGGCUGUCGGAACCUGAGCUUCUCCGCACGUUCACACGCUUGCAGUUGGACGGGUUCAUUGCACUAUGGCAUCUGUACUAUCCUGAAUUGGCGUCUCAACUUACCCCACGCUCCCUACCGCGUGCACCGUUGUCCCCCCGUGAAGCCCUGCGUAUCUACCCAAUAGGUUUCACUUUCCAGAAAGACUUUGGCGGAGGGCAAAAGCUCCAAGGACAAGUGUUUGGUUACCGAGACCGCUACUGGCGUGUGCGUUACAGUAACCAGAACUGGGAGGAGUUGACGCGUCAGGAGCUGGAAUGUUGUCUUCACUGAAGAUCGUCGUCACCGCACCAGUGGCUGCUGAUUCGUGCAUGUUGGGGUGGGGGGACAUUAGCCCGUGUAUCGUGUGGAUUCUUUUGUGUCGUGAUGUCAAGUUGGGGGGAAGCAAUCGCCUUGUGGGUUUGUUGGGAUAUUGGAAACUGUCGGGCCUUGGAAAAUGCGGUGCUGUCGGAGGAGUAGGUUUCGUGAGGCUCAGUCGUGAUUAAUGGGCUUACUUGCGGAGGGUAUGUAUUGUUCAUACUCGGUAGGCGGUACCGAGUCGAUGGUGGAUUGGUGCGUUCAUUGUAUGCAAGCGGGCAUGCGUGGACUGGUAGGUCCUGGAGGACUUGGUCGCAAUCGCUGUUAUGAUUGUGAUAACGCUUGUAGCCAGUGGCGGUAUGUCGGUCUAUUCCACUGGCAUGGAGAUCGCUCUCCAU